AUGGCCAGCAGAGUGACGGUAGCCUCGCAUCCAGCUAGCAUUCCGAUAUUGAGGAGACAGCGAGUGGUAGCAAGCGAAGGAGACCAGGUUCAUCGGGAUGCGGUGGCCUUCGGCUGCAACCAAGGGUCGGAUCAGAACCUAUACUGCAACGAUCAGCCGCAUGUAUUGGCGGCUGCUUUCCGGCAGAUCUGGAGCGCUGGGGAGGAUCUGAUGUUAAAAGCUUGGUAUUCCCGCAGAAAGGAUGACGCGGCAGAAUAUCCUAAAUUCGAAAAACGACGCCCCAAAUCACGACUUUGA